AUGGAGCAGCACAGGCGGCUUCCGCCGGAUAGGGAUGGGGGGGACCUGCGCAGACACCGCAACGCCCCAUACGCUGCUGCUGCUGCUGCAGUGGACUGUGUUGCUGCUGAUUCUUACCAGGUCGACCCGUGGGGCGGCCACGGCUGCAACAGCAGCAGCAAGCAGCACUACGAGGUCUCUUCCUGGAAGCAGCAGCAGCAGCAGCAGCAGCAGCAGCAGCCUGCUUCGCAGUUCUCGCGAGGCCCCCGCCGCGCUCCCUCGGGCAGCGAUUAUGGCAGGCAGCAGCAGCACUAUAACAGCUACCCGCAGCAGCAGCGGCAGCCCUACUGGGAGCAGCAGCAGCAGCAGCAGCAGCAGCAGCAGCGGUACCAGGAGCCCUCGCGGUAUCAGGGCAGCAGCAGACACAGCAGCAGCGGCGCCCCGUAUAUGCGCCGCAGCCGCAGCAGAAGCCGCAGCCCUUACUGGCACGGAGCAGCAGCAGCAGCAGCAGCAGCAGCAGCAGACAGCAGCUGCAACAAUAGCCUCAGCAGGCCGGGGCCCCCCUCGCGGGGGCCCCCUGCAGCAGCUCGGGAUGGGAGGGGCCCUUGGUCCUACACAUACCAGAGGCCGCGGCAGCAGCAGCAGCAGCAGCAGCAGCGGCAGCAGCAGCAGCACCCGCUGCAGGGGCAGGAGCGGUGUCAAUGCAGGAGCCGCAGCAGCAGCAGAGAGGAAGCAGCAGCAGCAGCAGCAAGAAAGAGCCCCGGCUACCGCUACAAGGGCGAAGGGGACUGGGCGAGAGAAAGCCGCUACGGCGCUGCUGCUGCUGCUGCUGCAGCAGCAAACUCGCGCGCAGACGCAGCAACAGGGGCUGAACGCAGGAGAGGCGCCCCUGUCGACGGCUGGCAGCAGCAGCAGCAGCAGCAGCAGCAGCAGCAGCAGCGCAUGCGGGGCCCCUUCGGGCCUGCUCGCUACUCCCGAAGAAUGGGAAGCAGUGAGGCCUCCGGGUCGUAUGCUGCUGCAGCAGCAGCAGCAGCAGCAGCAGACAGCAGGGGCAGCAGCAAAAGGGACUGCUGGGGGCCCUCCCCUGACGAGCCCCGGCAGCAGCGCCUUGCUGCUGGCCCGCCUGAGGGGAGGCUGCAGCGGUACCGCCCCAGCGCUGCUGCUGCUGCUGCUGCUGCUGCUGCUGCUGCUGGGGGUUACGGGCGGCGCGCGGGAGAAGCAGCAGACGCCCCCGCUGCAGCAGCAGCAGCAGCAGCAGCAGCAGCAGGCGACCGGCUGUCGCGUCUGUCGCCUGCCCGCAGCUCGUCGAGGACUUACCUGGGGGGCUCUCGGCUGCGGCCGCAGCAGCAGCAGCAGCAGCAGCAGCAGCAGCAGCAGCAGCAGCAGCAGCAGCAGCAGCGGCGGCGGCCGCCGCUGCAGAAGAUUGCCCACGACGCAGGGGCCCACGACAGGGGGGUCUGCAAACCCUGCGCAGACUUCUUUUGUGCCCCUGGGGGCUGCAGGGGGGCCCCCGGGGGGCCCCCCGGGGGGCCCCCGGGGGCCCCCGGGGGGCCCCCGGGGGCCCCCUGCCUGCUGUGCCACGCAGCAGCGCAUGCAAACCCCCACUUGCCUUCGCAUCCUUCUGUGCUGCUGCACUUGAAGCGCUGCUGCAGUCCCUGCAGACUGUUUGCUGCUGGCCGCUGCAGCAAAGACCCGGCCCGCUGCCCGCGCUGCCACCACCCCAGCCACAAGCAGCAGCAGCAGCAGCAGCAGCAGCAGCAGCAGCAAGACGCCCACGCGAGGGAGAAGGCCGAACAGGACCGCGAGGAGCAGCGGCAGCUGCAGCAGCUGCUGCUGCUGCAGCAGCAGGAGCAGGAGGCGCUGCAGGCUGACGGAGAUGAGUUCUGGGAAGACAUCAGCGAGGGAGCUUCAGACAACCCCGCCUACCUGCAGCAGCAGCAGCAGCAGCAGCAGCAGCAGCAGCAGCAGCAGGAAGACGAACUCGAACCAGCUCAAGAGGCCGCUGCACCCCAACAGCUGCAGAAGCCCCAGCCGACAUGGGCAGGCGACGCGCAGCAGCAAAAGGUGCUGCAGCAGCAGCAAGAGGUGCAACAUCAAGACGUCGAGCAGCAGCAGCACGACAAGCAGCAGCAGCAGCAGCAGCAGCAACACAACGCGCAGCAGCAGCAGCAGCAGCACGAGCAGCAGCAGCAGCAGCAGCAGCACGAGCAGCAGCAGCAGCAGCACGAGCAGCAGCAGCAGCAGCAGCACGAGGAGCAGGAGGAACAGCAGCAGCACGACAUGCAGCAGCGGCAGAACGACGUGCAGCAGAGGCAGCACGAAGUACAGCAGCAGCAGCAUGACGUGCAGCAGCAGCAACACGAAGUACAACAGCAGCAGCACGACGUGCAGCAGCAGCAACACGAAGUACAGCAGCAGCAGCACGACGUGCAGCCGCAGCAGCACGAAGUGCAGCCGCAGCAGCACGAAGUGCAGCCGCAGCAGCACGAAGUGCAGCAGCAGCACGACGUGCAGCAGCAGCAGCAGCAGCAGCAGCAGCACGACGUGCAGCAGCAGCAGCACGACGUGCAGCAGCAGCAGCAGCACGAAGUAGAGCAGCAGCAGCACGACGUGCAGCAGAAACAUCACGAAGUGCAGCAGCAGGAAACCGACGUGCAGCAGCAGCGUCACGACGUGCAGCAGCAGCAACACGAAGUGCAGCAGCUGGAGCACGAAGUGCAGCAGCAGCAGCACGAAGUGCAGCAGCAGCGGCACGAAGUGCAGCAGCAGCAGCAAGAGGUGCAGUAG